AAGUGGAAUACUUUGUAGCUUGUUUACUGUCAAGACGAGCUUCUGAAAGCAUCUGUAUUUUAAAGAUGGCUGAACACGGAGCCCACAUCACAACCUCAGCAACAGACGACAGGCCGACCAUUUUUGAAGUGGUGGCCCAAGAAAGUUUGAUGGCAGCGGUGAGACCUGCAUUACAUCAUGUGAUCAAGGUCUUUGCUGAAUCUAAUCCGGCACGGUAUGGCCCCCUUUGGAGGUGGUUUGAUGAGCUUUACUCCUUUUUAGAUCUGCUGCUGCAGCAGCACUAUUUGUCUUGGGCAAGUGCUUCUUUCUCUGAGAACUUCUACGGACUGAAACGUGUGGUCAUGUGUAGCAGCAGUGGGGCGCGUACCUUACCAAGGAGAGAGUAUUGGAAGUCCUUACUGCUGCUUGUGCUGGUACCUUAUCUACGAGUGAAGCUGGACAAACUAGUGAACAGACUUCGAGAAGAGGCAGAUUAUUCUAUACAAAACCCAUUGUCAUUCCGCAAAAGGUGCUAUAAAGCAAUUUUGGCAUCCUACCCCUAUAUAAGACUGUCAUGGGAAGGUUGUUUUCUGUUUUAUCAACUCCGAUACAUUCUGUGGAAUACACAGCAUCACUCUCCUCUGCUCAGGUUAGCUGGAGUGCAGCUUGCUGGACUCACCAUAGAAGACCUACAAGCCAUGGAGAGCCGACCAGAAAAAACAAAAUCUGUACUGAGCGUGGGCAGCAUUGUGAAAAGAGCCCUUGGUGGUGUGUCCGUGACUCUCUCCUCCAGCCUGUCAUUGGGGGUCUUCUUCUUGCAGUUCCUAGAGUGGUGGUAUUCAACAGAAAACCAAGAUACAAUUAAAUCUCUAAGCUCCCUGCCUGCUCCUUCUCCACCUAUUCACUUCGAACUGGAAACAUACUCCCCUCUUCUACCCAAGCUAAAGACAGUGUGCCCCCUCUGCCGUAAAGUGCGAGUUAACGACACAGCGCUUGGCACCUCCGGCUAUGUCUUUUGCUACAGAUGUGCUUAUUACUAUGUAAAAAAUCACCAACGCUGUCCAGUUAGCGGCUAUCCAACAGAGCUGCAGCAUCUGAUCAGACUCUAUACUCCUGAUGGAUAAGCAUGCUUCCAGCUUGGACUACAGAUGUCUACAUGU